UUGUCAAUAGUCUAUUUGACGCAACUCGCACUCCACUAUAGAGGUAUGAGGGCAUGAAGCUAACGCAGAAGGAUAAAAGUAAGAUUAAUUUAACGAUAGGAGUACAAAAAUCUAUUUAGCUGCCAAAAAAAUACCAGGUACGACAUACCAUUGAGAACAUUCGAGUUGUUUUCGUUGAUUUAAUCGCAGUUUGCUCGCGGUCGCAUGUCAUUGAAUGUUGGCUAAGCUACGUUAGUCAGUUGAUCUGUUACGGCAGUUGUUCGCAAAUGUCAAACUGUUUGUUUAUCUUAUAAAUUUCUUCUAUAGCGUCUCAUAACAUGAGAUGACAAUACGAAAAAAAUAAAUAAUUAUGCACUCGUGAAUUUUAGUUGUCCAUUAAAACCUGUCGUUAACUAUUUUGCAAGAUACUCGCUAGUGCAUGUCAACUUGACAUUGCGUUGCUCUUGUCUCAGCCCUAUCAAUACAUGGGAACUAAUUUUUUGUAUGCUAAAUCUUUGUUUUUAAGCUAAUUCAGGGCGCAUUAAAGUGCGCUUCAAAGUCAAAUCUAGAAAUCGUCGAGUCGUGGUUCUAGAAACAAAGAUGUUCCCCUCCGUCCAGCAUCGCCCCGUGUGCACUAUAGGGGCCAGAGCUAUCCGAUUGCAAAGCUUUAACACUUUUAAACAAAAUGGUGAGAUAAAUAGCAAAUCGUGGAGUUUCUCGUGGCUGGGUGAGCGCGUGGGCCUGCUGGUGUCAUGGAUCCAAAAAGCAGGAAGGGGAACGAACAAGCUGGCCUCCGACAAAAAGAAGGAGAGACUAUUGUCUAUAUUAGCCAACCAUUGUAGUUUUGUGACGGGCCAGAGGCUGAGAAGGGCUCUUCAGAUAGGAGAGCUGUACUCAAACCUGUACUCUGAGAGGAGCAGGUGGACACUCGUGAACAACAUAUGGCGGCGACUGCAGAGCAAACACGCCCCCACUGGAAAACUCCUAGCAGCACUGGCUGGGGUCUUCAUGUGGGAAGACGAGAAGAUUGGAGAUGAUGAGCUGAGAAGGUGUGCAUGGGAGCUGCAGGCACUGGAGUCGGUGAGAAGCCAGAAUGUGAAACCAAAGACAGCCGUGCAUGCAGAUCCAAGCUGGGAGGUGGUCGUGGAGAAGAAAAACUUGAGAGUUUGGAGGAGACCCAUCCAGGGUAGCCAUCUUUUUGAAUACAGAGUGUUUGGUUCAUAUACAGACGUCACACCCCGGCAAUUCUUCAAUGUUCAGUUGGACACAGAGUAUAGAAAGAAGUGGGAUGCGCUGGUUAUCAAACUGGACGUGGUGGACAGGGACGUCAACACAGGCACCGAGGUCAUUCACUGGGCGACGCAUUUUCCAUAUCCCAUGUACUCCAGAGACUAUGUCUACGUGCGCCGGUAUCAUGUUGACAUGGAGAACAAAUUAAUGAUCCUAGUUUCCAGAGCUGUCAGACACCCCACUGUGCCAGAAACCCAGGAGUUUGUCCGAGUUCACUCUUACCAGUCCAAGAUGGUCAUCCGCCCACACAGGUCAUUUGACGAGAAUGGCUUUGAUUACCUGCUGACUUACAGCGAUGAUCCCCAGACAGUCUUCCCUCGUUAUUGCGUCAGCUGGAUGGUGUCUAGUGGCAUGCCAGACUUCCUGGAGAAGCUUCACACCGCUGCUCUCAGAGCUAAAAACAUGGACGUCGGUGUCCACGACUACGUCAGCAUCAUAAAACCUACCCAACCCACCCAAGAACGACUAGCUGACAACGCUCACACCGGAGGCCCGAAUCAGAUCUACGCCUAAGCGUCUGGCUACAGCGAUUGAUAUACAGUGGUAAAAUGACCCAGAACAGAGCAUUUUUCACUUAUGGGGUCAUUAAUUGAAGCCACAAAGAAAUCCGAACCGUCUAUUUCCAAAAUUCAUCUAUGCCAUCGACAAGUCCUGUACUAGCUGUCAUACUGAGCGCUUACGUCCCUCAUUUUGUAUGCUGUUAGUUUGCUUCCUCUUUCAGUAGGGUACAUCUACUAAGAUGAGCCAAAAUAAUGUCAUUUAUUAAUUGUAGAUUCUCCUGCUAAAGCAGUUUUUCACUCCGCAUUUACAUCACGAUCAUCAGAAUUGAUCAUGCUGUUGAGAUGUUGAAAAACAACAGGAAAGCAUGCAAGCGCCCCACAAGGUUCAACUACAGGAAGCUGUUUGUGUGCAAAGCCACUUUUUCUUUUUUUUCCACUUUGUGGUUCUUUUUUCCAGUUUAUGCUGUAAUGAACUGCUCUCGGCAGAACCAGAACAAACCAGAUCGUCCUCAUUUACCGUGUGAAUGUUCACUGCCUGUAAAACCCAAACAGCCUUCACAGGAUCACCAAAACUGUGUCUUAUGCAAACCGCAGCAUCCUCACGAUCAGGCUUGGCUUCUUCCUGCGCUCUAGAGGGCUGUUUGAAGUCUAAAACAUCUUUUCUACUCUGAACUCCAGCAAAUGAGGACACUGUGAUUUGAUGUUGUAAUGAAAGUGGAAGGACGGUGCAAAUGUCAGCAUACAAACGCACUGCGAGAAUUUGGGGGUGUUUUUUUGUGAUUGGGAAUCCACUCUGAUGGGAUUGUCUGUGUUCUACAUGUUUAUACUUCAAAAAAAGUCAGACUUGGUUUGAUGCAGAUUACACUGACUAUAUACAACUUGCAGUCUCCAUCCCAUCGUUUGACCUUUAUUUCAUACUAAUAUGUGUCAUAACACACCAGUGAAGUUACAGAUACAGUAGCACGUCAGUGGAAAAAAGUAUGUAAAUCAUCUAAGGUACAUGCACGUUGACUUUUCUUUGUAUCCGUUUCUUGUUUAUGGUCUCUUCAGAGAAACAUUUAAAAUGAAAACGGAUUUUUCAAAUCCCAAGGUCAGAUUUUAAUUGGUGGAUGUGUGCAAAUAUAUAUUCGUUUAUGAUAUCCAGAUGUCCUCUGUUUGAAUGAGGUUGGCACCUGAUAAUGGUAUGACAUUUUUGUUACACGAUUGGUAACUAAACAGGCAUAAAUAAAAAAUAAAUUGUUGCACUUCAAAUGCGACUGGUCUCAAAGACGCACUGUUGCGUUAGUUGAUUAUGACAUCCAUAUAAUCAACAAUGUGAGUUUCUGUUUUGAAUAUCUGCUCUUUAUGGAAGGUGCAAGUAAAGUCCUGCUUACUUUUGUUCCAUAUGAAAUUAAUUUCUCUUUUUUUUUUUUUCCUUUGUCCUCAUUUCUUUCAUUUAGUCAGAAUACUUGUCGCACCAUUUUGUUAAGGUUCAUGAAAAGACGUGGCCUAAAUGUAUUUGUGUAAGUUUGGCACCUAGAUAGCACUGCCCUGUUUACAUCCCAGUACUUUUUUUGUUAAAAAGAAAAAUGUUUUAAGGCUAUAGCGAUCAUGGUUUUCUAUGAUUUUGUUUCAUGUUUAAAAUUGUUCACAGUGGUCAGUCAAAGGGUAUUUAGAAAGCUCUUGUUAUUAAGGAAUAUUCUAGGUUAUAGAUGUUAUGAUCUACUGACAACAUUUGUGGCAUGUUGUCGAUUACCACAGAUAGUUUUGAUUUGGACCUCAGUUGGAUAAAAAAAAGUUGUUUAUUUUUAUGAACUGAGGUCCAGGUUGAAAUUACGUAGUCUGCUAACAGCAUACCUACAUAUUUUUUUUUUUUUUGCUGCUUAAUGCAUACAAAUACAAAUAUCCCACUGUCAUAUACUGUUCCGUUUCACAAAAAUAAGUGUUAAUUUAUUCCCAGUCAGUUUACAUGUGGUUGUUGAGCACAUUCAGUGUUUUCUGUCAUUUCAUCUAAACAUCACAUUGAAAUGUCAGAUAUUCACUAAUAUACUCAAAAAGUGCAUUUUCUUGGUGUUUGACAAUACUCUGCUUAUGAUAGUCAAAGCAUCAUCAUAAAACCCAACUGCAGUUUAAUGCGCUUGAUAGCAUUUUCACUUUUUCUAAUAUCUAAACUAGAUGUGUUCUACUGUAAUCUCAAGUGAAAUAGUGUAUGUAUUAAUGAUGGAGACGCCAGAAGCAUGAGUUUGUUUUUUGCUCUAAUGUGAAAAUGAACCACCUAAUUCAUUAAUUGGUGACAAUAAAAUCAUUUGAAUUAA